CAAAGAACUUCAAGUUCCUGUUCAACAUUUCGACCAACAACCAAACUCGCCAUCAGCUCGCCGCCAACAACCAAGUACGACCCGCUCCAUAGUCAAUGGGCCAAACCUUAUCCGCUGCCAAAAUUCAGUUUUGACACCUCACUCGCGUAUCAACACCAAACAAUCAAUUCGUCACAGAGCGGUCUCCGCUCCAUCACCGAGCUCAGCCAACCCAUCAACCUAGCUCGCCCCGCGUCAUCCGCAAACACCCACGACCUCAACUAUCUAAAUAAUCACAUCCCCAGCAAGCCGUCACCAUGGCCUCACCACCGCACAACAGCUACUCCUUCCCCGGCGGCGCCCGCUCUCCACCACACCUCCCAUCCCUCACCACCUCGUCUCUGUCUAAGAAACGCGCCGCCGACGGCUCUGGUCCCUCGCCCAACAUGAAGCGCCGUAAAGGGUCCGUCAUGUCCGUCGGCUCCGCCCACCCGCUCCGCCAAACCUCCUUCCCGCCCGACGAAGCCCCCGGCGGCGCCCGCUCCCCGUCCGUCGACAUAGACGCCAUGUCCUACGUCAGCGGCACAGCCCAAAGCGUGGUCAGCGCUGCCGCCAGCGCUGCUCCCACCGUGCCGACUGGUCCGCCUAAGAAGAAGCGUGGCCGUAAGAGCAAGGCGGAGAAGGCAAGGGAACAGACGCCUAGUGUUGUUGGUGCUGGAGCCGGUGGUAAGCCGGGGACGGCGCCGCCUAGUGAGGUUGGUGGGUCGACGGUUGGGAGAGGGGCUAAGAGUGCUGCGGGCGGGAAGGACCAAGGUGGACAGCAAGAAGAUCAGGAUGAUGAUGAGGGCCCGACGGAGGUGGCGGCUACGGCGGAUACGUUGACGAAGGAACAGAAGGAGGAGGAGCAUAGGCAGAGGGGAAUGCUGAUUAAUGCCUUUUCGCCGGAUCAGUUUGAUCGGUUUGAAAAUUGGAGGGCGGCGAACUUGAGUAAGGCUGGUGUUAGGAGGUUGAUCAACGCAACCAUCUCCCAGUCCGUUACCGAAAACGUGGUUAUUGGCAUGCGAGCGGUAGCCAAGGUCUUCAUCGGCGACAUCAUCGAGGGCGCACGUCGUGUGCAAGCGGAGUGGAUCGAGAAGACGGGCGAGAAGCAGACCGAUUUGCCUAGUCCGCCGGCGACGCCUCACGCGGCUGCUUCCAACAGCAACAUCAACAGCAAUUUAGGCGGCGAGGGACCACAGCAGUCGCAGACGCAGGGAAACAGUGCCACACACACAAACGGCGAGAACGGAGAGGGUGGAGAUGCAGCAGCAGCCGAGAAGGGCGACGAGACCAUGCCCGACGCUUCCCAGCAGGAAAAGGAAAAGGAAAAAGAGCGGGACGAUCGACGCGGUCCGCUACGUCCAGAACAUCUCCGUGAGGCUCUGCGCCGCUACAAGAUGGGAUUCGAGGGUGGUGGUGUUGGCAUGCAGUUGAUAUGGCAUCAGCAGCAGCAGAACGGUGUCGAGAGGUUUCCUACGAGGACUGGUGGCAGGAGGAUCUUCCGCUGAGUGUGUGGUACUAAUUUUGCCAAGCACGUCUGCCAAUACUGCGGAAGCGGGAAGAUUGUGUUUCGGUAACAUUCUGGCUUGUUGGCGUUUUAAGGGCAUGAUGAACAGUGUUCAUUUUGUUUCUUUUCUUUUUUUCUUUUUCCCCCGGUCACAGCGCUUCAAAAGCAUGGAUAAAGGCG